CAUACAGUAGCAUGCCUUCCACAUCACCUCGCUGAAAAGUCGCCAAAUUCCGUUCACAAAUUAUCAAAAGCUCAAAACUCAGAACGCACAAAGCAAAAAAAUUACCAAAGAAAACUUCUGAGAGAGAGGCAAAAAUGGCGUCGGCCUUGUCCAAAUGGCUUGUAGAUCCGAAGCGCAACCCCCUAGCUGCACUGCACAUGAAAACCAUUAAAACUCGCCUGAGCAGAUACGGGCUACGGUAUGACGAUUUGCACGAUCCAAUGUACGACCUGGAUAUAAAGGAGGCGCUGAAUCGGCUCCCGAAGCAGGUCGUGGACGCGAGGAAUCAACGCCUCAAGCGCGCUAUGGAUCUCUCCAUGAAGCACGAGUAUCUCCCCGAAGAUCUUCAGGCUAUGCAAACUCCAUUUACGCCCUAUCUACAGGAGAUGCUGGCUCUUGUUCAGAGAGAGAGAGCUGAGCGCGAAGCACUUGGUGCCUUGCCCCUCUACCAGCGCACACUUCCUUGAGUUCACAUCUCACCUUCCCCGGGCGGCCUGUGACUGAACAACACACUUACUUUGAUUCAAUAAGGACCAGUCGUCCCAGUCCUUUUUCUGGGAAUGACAGACUUAUUAUUGUUUGAACGGAUUCUGCUUUCAAUUAAUACCCAGUGAGCAAUAAUUAGAGCAUCCACAAUGGCGGAUGUCCCGGCGGACGUCGGACCGGCGUGCCGGACGUCCGCCAUUAGGCAGCAUGCAUACGGAUACGGACGUCCGCUGCGGACACUGGAGUUCCGCGGCUUUCUGGGACGUCCGUUGGGAUGUCCGCCAUUGCGUUGACACGACGGACGUCCCGAUUUUUUUAUUGUUUUUUGUGGAUGUCCGUCGGGAUGUCCGCCAUUGUGUAGUGGGAUGUCUUUAUGACGUGGCAAGAGGUGUUUUUGGGAAGUCCGCCGGGACAUCCGUCCCAUUGUGGAUGCCCUAAACUCCCUCAUUUUGGAAGUUUUUGGUUCACAUUUGUAGUUUAAUUUAUGCAAACAAGGAUUAGCAUGUGUUUUUUCUGUCCAAUUUCUGGGAAUUCACAUAUUCAAUCCUCUCUUUGUGUUGAAUUUAGUAUUUUUCUUAAAUUGAUGAAAUGAAAAUGCAUAAAUGUUCCUAAGUUUGUCUGCCCCCUUUGUUUCAUUUACUUAGUGUAAAACAUAGAGCAAUAUUAAUAAAUCUGACAUUAAAUAUUCUCUGGCUAUGUUUGGAUGGUUCUUCUCAUACAUAUAUUCAUGUUCUUGAGUAUAGUCUCUAUCAUAUCUAUCCCCCUCGGAAACUAACAUUACCGACCGCUCUUCCUAGGGAGAAGGGACCUUGCUUGUGGGCCUUUAUGAUGAUGGGCUCGAUCCAUGAGACUCUAAGCCGGUGGGACACACCGGCGUUGUGAAGUCCAAUGGAUGGCUAGUGGGGCACAAGGGAGUUGCGAUCCCCAUCGGAGAAGUGAAGUCCAAUGGGCUUUGAAUUGCUGAGAAUCCAUCAGGUGCAGGCAAUCCGGACACCGGCAGGGAAUAUGGAUCGGGAAAUCCAGCCAGAAACCCCGGUGUUUCCAUUUUCGUCUCAUUCUCGUAUAGUGUUUCGGUCCCAGGAGGGCAGGUUUGUGGGAAUAGUGCAGGGCUUGAAACCAUGGUUUGUGUAGAAUUCAAUGUGGAGUAGCCCCCUUCAAUUGCCAUCACCUAAACAGGAACAUGCAUCAUGUGUGAGACCCUUAAAAACACACACACACACACACACGAGUUACCUGAAUUUGAUUUUGUAGUGUCUUUAUGUAUUUUAUAGCAUCAUCAAAUGUGGACAGUUUGUCUCUCUUGAAAAAUGAGAUUAGUAUCA